GCCAGCAGUGUGGUACAAAAAUAAAUGCAAUUAGACGUUUUUUCCCGGCGAUUGAACGAAGCGUUUCCACCUCAUUUCGUGCAAAUUUCCUAACAAGAAUAAUGCAUGUGCAUAAUUUACUGGCAAUUGUUCUUUUAGUUUUCGGUUUCAAACUAUGUUUAAGUUGCGAUCCGAGUCAGACGAAGAAAGGGUGCUUAAUAGAGGAUCUGAAGUGCACUUGCGGAUAUGGUUGCAUCUCCGAUUACAGAUAUGACACGAUACAAGAAUGCCAAGCGGCAUUAUUAGGUAAAAAGAAAGAUAUUUGUAAAGUCAGCAACCCCUGUUUACACGGCGGUACCUGCAUACAGAUUUCACAACAACCAGGGUACAAAUGUCGGUGUGAAGGUACCGGCUUCUUCGGCAUGAGAUGCAACAGAGCGUGUCCAGUUCCAGGGGCAGGAAGACUGGGAGACAUCUUUCCAUACGAGUGUAUUGUUAUUUAAUUGUUAAAAUUGUCUAUUUAAGGGUAUACAGGGUGGCGCCUCUCAUAUGACGCGGAGGCUCCAAGGAGAAUGGUAGUUUAUAUUGAAAUCAAAUUAUAUGAAAUAAUCUACAAACGGGUUAUUUUAGAGCAUUUUUAAAAAUAUAGUUCUACAGGGUUUUCCCCUAAAUAAUUUAAGUAUCAAAGUUGUGGUUUUUGUAAUGGAACACCCUUUAUAUCAAUUGAUUUUCGGAUUCUAGAAAAAAAAAUAAAAAUAAAGGUGAGUUUCGUUAAAGAAGCAUAUGAGAGACCUAU